AUGCCGUCAAUGAAACGCUCUCAGACGUCCCUAGAGCCUUCGGACUUGGGUGAUGGAAAUACUAGCGGCUAUUCAAGCUCACCAAAACGCCUCCGUAAGACUAACAGUCCUCUUUCAGAGGGGAGCACUGUGAACAGCAAUGGUGAUGAAGAAAUAAGAGUCCGAUCCCUUACGCAGGCGCUUGACGAUGACGAUGAGGAUGAACUUGAGUUACGGGCUACCCAGGCCAUUCAAGAAAAGUAUUCGUUUACUACCGAUGAACCAAAUAUACCUGCCGAGCAUGGCAUAUUGGAGCGUGUUGAAUGUUACAAUUUCAUGUGCCAUGACCAUUUCUAUGUUGACCUAGGCCCUCUAAUUAACUUUAUCGUGGGCAAAAACGGUAGCGGCAAGAGUGCAGUUCUCACGGCUAUUACUCUUUGCUUAGGUGGUAAGGCAUCUACUACCAAUCGAGGCCAGAGUCUGAAAAGCUUCAUCAAGGAAGGCAAAGAGCAUGCAACCAUUGUUGUGCGAAUCAAAAACCAAGGAGACGGUGCUUAUAUGCCAGAUGACUAUGGAAAAUUCAUCACUAUAGAACGCCACUUCUCCAGAAAUGGUACAAGUGGGUUCAAGAUAAGAGCAGAAAACGGCCGUAUCAUGUCCACCAAGAAGUCAGAGCUCGAUGCCAUCAUUGACUAUUUCACUUUGCAAUUUGACAACCCUAUGAACGUUCUCUCCCAGGAUAUGGCCCGCCAAUUUAUCGGCUCAUCAAGUCCUAGUGAGAAAUACAAGUUUUUUGUGAAGGGCGUCCAACUCGAGCAACUUGAUCAAGAUUACAGGUUGAUUGAGGAAUCUGGUGACCAAAUCGAGGAGAAAUUGAGGGGCCGGGAACAGGAUAUAGCGAUCCUGCAAAGUCGGAAGGAAACCGCAAAACGAAAGCUUGACAUUUCCAAUCAACAUGACUCUCUGCGGAACCGGAUCAGGAAUGUUCGAAAUCAAAUGGCCUGGGCUCAGAUCAUUCAUAACGUUUCUGACAGUCAACAGAUAAGGGAUACUCUGGACGAAGAAAUUCUCGCAGCGGACAACCAGAUCGCAGCUGACGAAGCUGAUUUGAGCAAUUUUGAUGUUACUAUCAGCGCGGCUGCAGCUGAGCUUGAGGCCGCUGCGGAAUCUGUUCGCCAAGCUAAUGCGAAGCGAGGCCAGGUUCAAGAGGAGAAAGACGAAAUCCAAGUGAGGUGGGAUGCACAGAUGACUGAGCGUCAUGGACUGCAGGCCGAACAACGCCGGAUUAGAGAAUAUCUCAAGGCAGCAGAAGGAAGAAUAGCUACUACUCAACAGAAUAUUGACGAAGAGAACCGGCGUUUAGCCGAGCUUAGCGGCGGUAGCUUUAUUCGAAAGCAGGAGGAACUUGAGCGAGCAAAAGAAGAAGCCUCUCGGGCCCGUGCUCAGUAUGAGGAACAUAGUAGCGACCGUGACCGUCUUUUCCAUGACAUAAACGAGGCUGAAGAAGAAGUUCAGGCGGCCAAGGCGCCACUCGAGAAAAUUAAAGCCGAUGUCGAUGAGGCUGAAUCGCUCUUGUCAACCCUGAAAAGGGAAGGAGGUCCACAGAAUUCUGGGUUUCACGAGAGAAUGCCACUUCUUUUGAAAGCCAUCGAACAAGAACGUUCCUUUACCAGUCGUCCUGUCGGGCCUCUUGGUCACUAUGUGCGUCUGCUCAAGCCAGAAUGGUCUUCGAUUCUUGAGAACGCAUUUGGCACCACGCUGAACAGCUUUGUGGUAACUUCACCCAGAGACUCGAAGAUUCUCUUCCAGAUCAUGAGGAAAGUUAGCUGUGCCGAAAGCGAGUGCCCCGUUCUUAUAGGGAGCGAUAAACACAUCAAUACUGCAGGUAAUGAACCCGAUUCUCAGUACGAUACAGCAUUGCGGGUUCUUGAGUUUGAUAACGAGUGGGUUCGUGGGCAAUUGAUCAUCAACCAUCACAUAGAAAAGAUGCUGCUCAUUGAGAAUUUAGAAGAAGCCUCUUCUGUUCUUUUUGAUGGGCAACAGCCUCGGAAUGUGAAAAGAUGUUAUAGCAUUGACCAAACAAACAGACGCAGGGGUAUUCAUCUUUCUUUUAGCAGGACUGGUGAACCAAGUCAAGCACCAGUCCCAGCCUACAAGGGGUCUCCGCGAAUGAGGUCUGAUCGGGAAUCUCAAAUUAAAGUACAGCAGAGUGUAGUGGCAGACCUAAAGCAGGACCUUAGCCGUCACGAACAAGGGCUUCGGUCUGCUCAGUCUCGGCUGGAGACCUGCAAGCAAGCCCGUCUGAGACACGAACGAAGAUCAAACGAACUAAGAAUUGCAGCACAGAGAAUGGAAGACCGUGUCGAAGAGUUGAUAGAUGCACUUGACAGGGAGGCUCCCGAGGAUGGGCGCCUUGACGGGCUUCGGACCGCACUCCAAGAGGCAGAAGAGGAAAAGCAUCUCAAUGAAGGAUCCUUGAAAGACGCCACUGAUGCUAUGGAGGCCAUGAUGAAAACAUUGAAAGCAAUCAAGCAAGAGCUCGCAGCCAAAGACGCUGAGAUCGCCAUCGUACAGGAAGAGCUUAAAGUUGCUCAGGAUGCGGAACGCAAGGCUGAUGAAGAGCGCCGAAAGAGAAUAAAUGAUAAAAACGCAGCAGCAGAAAGAAUCGAGGAUCGCAAGCGGGACAGGGAUAGAAUCAAAGACAAGCGAGAAGAGAUCGCGGCACGUAUCCUUGACUUCAGUGAAAAAGCGAAUAUAAUCUGUGACCGAGUUGCCAUCGAGGAAGGUGAAACAGCGGCUAGUCUGGACAGAAAACUCGAACGACUUCACAACGACAUCAAGCGCUAUGAGCAACAGUUGGGUGCAUCUCGCGAUGAAUUACUUGCUGAGGUCACAAAGGCUAGCGAAGCCUAUGAUCGGGCUCUGAAGCAAGUAGAGGAGUUUAGAUUGUUGGCUGAAGUUCUCAAGGCGACACUGAACCUCCGCAAGAACCGCUGGCUUAUUUUUAGAUCACAUAUAUCAUCCCGUGCCAAGGCACAAUUCACUUACCUUCUGAGUGAAAGAAGCUUCAGAGGUCGGCUUCUGACCGAUCAUGAGGGCAAGCUUCUGGACUUACAGGUGGAACCAGACAUUACAAAAGACAGCGCUGGUCGCGGUGCGAAGACGCUUUCUGGGGGCGAGAAGUCAUUUUCUCAAGUAUGCCUGUUAUUGGCAUUGUGGGAGGCUAUGGGUUCUCCAAUUCGCUGCUUAGAUGAAUUCGAUGUGUACAUGGAUCACAUUAACCGAAAGAUGGCUAUUGAUAUGCUUGUAUGUCGGAAUUAUCACGCUCAAACAGGCGGCAAUUCAUACUUAUUACCCCCGGCUCAAGAGCAGAAAUUACUUUGGCGCCUGACGUCUGUGUUAAGGAGUACGUCUGUGAACGAGAUUGCUUGA